AUGCGAGAAAUUCGCUUCAAUACAGACGCCGUGCAAGUCCAUCUUAUUGUGGACGACGAUGGAGUCGUCCGGCUCAAGGAUCUUCUGCAGAACGGAGCUACUCCCACCAAGCCGCUUUCUCAGCUCUCCAUCGAUCUUUAUCUUCCCCUCGUUGAGGUCAGGAUCACCGGUGAGGGGAAUGAGAUGAUCAAGACCUCAAAGUCCCUGAUUGGCAGUAAAAUAUCACGUCGACUCAAGUAUCAGUCGCACCAGGAAUCCGAGGGCGCUGGCCAGAAGGCCCUCGAUGUGGUAGUUUGCGACCCUAUCACGAACCUCGAAGUUACCGUCCGCCUUUCGGCCUUCGUCGGCUUACCGGUUAUCCGAACGGUUGCGACGGUUGUCAACCGAUCCGGCUCAGAUGUGAUCGUGUCUCAAAUAUCGUCUGCAGUCAUCGGCGGCCUGACUGCUAGAGCCGAGUCAUGGGAGCAAGACUACGAAGUUCUCUUUGCCAACAACUCAUGGUUUAGAGAGGCCCAGUGGACGACCCGAACUCUAGCCAGUGUCGGCAUCGGAGGGAGUGGGGUGAUGAAGUUGAACGAAGGUCACCACGGUACGCUUGCUCAGUUUUCUCUGUCCAACACGGGAUCGUUCUCCACCGGUAGCUUCCUCCCCAUGGGACUUUUGUCGAGAAAGGAUUCUGCUUCCCCGGAGACCUGGCUCUGGCAGAUUGAAACCAAUGGCUCAUGGAGGUGGGAGAUUGGUGACUACCAUGACAGCAUAUACCUCGCAGCUUCUGGUCCUACCGCGCGGAAUCAUAACUGGAGAACAAAGCUUGCGUCCGGAGAAUCCUUCACCUCGGUUCCUGUCUCUGUUUGCCACGUUCUAGAUGGUAUCCAAUCAGCCUUUGCAGCUCUAACCAGCUACCGACGCAAGAUCCGUAGGACCCACGAGGACAAUCAGAAGCUUCAUGUCAUCUUCAAUGAUUACAUGAACUGUCUCAUGGGCGACCCAACGGAAGAAAAAGUCCUGGCUCUACUGGAACCAGUCUCGAAGUUGGGCGUUGAAUACUUUGUCAUCGAUGCCGGCUGGUAUGCAGACGACUCCAACUGGUGGGACGACGUUGGAGAGUGGGAACCAUCUAAGAAACGCUUUCCUUCGGGCUUCAAGGCGCUAUUGGACGCUAUCCGGGCCAAAGGAAUCGUUCCUGGUGUCUGGGUAGAGCCCGAAGUUAUCGGUGUUCGGAACAAGCUCGCCAGAGAAUUGCCGGAAGAGUGCUUCUUCCACGAGUGUGGAGCCCGAGUCGAAGAGAAGGGUCGGUAUCAGUUGGAUUACCGCCACCCUGUGGUUAGAGAACGGAUGCACGAAGUAAUCCGGAAGUUGGUUAUAGACUACGGCGUGGGCUAUUUCAAGUUCGACUACAACAUCGAAGUCACCCAAGGAACAGAUAUAGACGCAUUCAGUACGGGCGCGGGCCAGCUAAGUCACAACCGGGCGUAUAUCCUCUGGGUAAACGAGCUGUACGAUCGCUAUCCUGAUCUCAUCAUCGAGAGCUGUUCUAGCGGCGCACAGCGCAUGGAUUAUGCCAUGCUGGCCACACACUCGCUACAGUCUACCAGUGACCAAGAGGAUCCGGUACUCUACUCCGCCAUCUCCGCUGCCAUCCCGACAGCCGUGACGCCGGAGCAAAGUGGUAUCUGGUCGUAUCCCCAGCCCGAGUACGAUGACGAACUCAAUGCCUUGACGCUUGUAAACAGCAUGCUCGGAAGGAUGUACCUCAGCGGUAACAUACCGGGACUCAACGAACAUCAGCUGGAGCUGAUCGCUGAGUCGAUUCGGGUGUACAAAUCUUUCCGCGAUGAACUCCCGCGGGCUCAAGCGUUUUGGCCCUUGGGUUUUCCUGGAUGGGACGAUGAAUGGCUUUCGCUCGGCAUGGUUUCGGAGGAUGGUUCCUCCAGGUACCUGGCAGUUUGGCGUCGCCGCGGGCCUCAGACCUAUAGAUUACCCAUUUUAGACUUGAAGGGGAGGUCCGCCUCGGCGGUGCUUCUGUUCCCUCGCAGUGGCUCUGUGGACACUAAGUGGUGCUCAGAUGAUGGUGUUUUGGACGUGACGCUUCCGAAGACCAUGUGUGCACGACUCUUCCGCAUCACAGAGGCGUGA